GGAGGCGGCGGCGGCGGAGGGGGUGGUCGCAUGCUCCGCCUCGUCCCGAUGCGGCGGCGGAGGCGGCGGCGUCCUCGGCGGGCGCUACGAGCUUGGCCGCGUCCUCGGCCGCGGCGCCUUCGCGAAGGUCCACCGCGCCCGCGACCUCCGCUCCGGCCGCGCCCUCGCCAUCAAAGUCAUCCACAAGGAUAAGAUUCUGCAAUACGGCAUGGCCGAGCAGCUGAUGCGCGAGAUCUCAGCGAUGAAGACGCUCCGCCACCCGAACGUGCUCGAGCUGUAUGACGUCAUGGCGAGCCGCUCGAAGAUCUACCUCGCAAUGGAGCUGGCCGGCGGCGGCGACCUCUUCUCCCGCAUCGCCGCCGGCCGCCGCCUACCCGAGGACGCCGCCCGCCACUUCUUCCGGCAGCUCGUCUCCGCCGUCGCCUUCUGCCACUCCCGCGGCGUCUGCCACCGCGACCUCAAGCCCGAGAACCUCCUCCUCCUCGACGUCGACGGCAGCCCCCUCCCCACCCUCAAGGUGGCAGACUUCGGCCUCAGCGCCCCCCUCGCCGGCUGCCUCCUCCGCACCGCCUGCGGCACGCCGGCCUACACCGCGCCGGAAGUCCUGCGGAAGAGAGGAUACGACGGGCGGAAGGCCGACGCGUGGUCGUGCGGCGUCGUCCUCUACGUGCUUCUCGCGGGCUUUCUGCCAUUUCUAGACGACGACAUCAUCCGCAUGCAUAAGAAGAUGCUGAGAAGCGACUUCCGCUGCCCGCCGUGGCUCUCGGCCGACGCGCGGAGGGUGCUGACGGGCUUGCUCGAUCCCGAUCCCGAUAGCAGGACGACGAUCGCGAAGCUUGCGGAGGCGCCGUGGCUCAAGAAGUGCCCGAUCCCGCGAGGUUUGUCGCAAUCCACGGAGAAGUGGAAGAGGAAGGAGGCGGCGGCGGAGGAGGAGGAGGCGGCGGCGACGAUGAACGCGUUUCAUUUGAUUGCGUUGUCGGAGGGAUUCGACCUGUCGCCGCUUUUCGCGGAGAGCGGCGGGGAGGAGGAGGAAGAGAUGAGGGCGGCCGCGAAGAAGGAGAGGGCGAGGGGAGUGGUUUCGACGCUGGAGAGAGUGGCGAGGGCUAGGGUGACGAUCGCAGCAGCGGCAGCGGCGGCAGCAGCGGCAGCAGCAGCAGUUGAAGUUUUUCCGGUGACGCCGUUCUGCCGUGAUGAGCUCCGGCCUGCUGUUAAGUUCGUAAUGUGGGCGGAGUCAGAAACUCAAGUUUCUGCUGCUUAAUUGGUAUCUUUUGUACGUAGCAUGGCUUAAUUUAUCUGCGAUCUUAACUGUUGGAUACAUAAUAUCUGUGUUGUUACUUUGUAAGAGGAAAUAGACACUCAUAGAGUGCUCUACUAGGUAUAUGAUAUCUUUUGGUCCAUUUGAUGGUUGGAUCAUUUCGAAUUCCUAAGAGGAAUUGGGGAUUUAA